GGCUUCUCCGUCCACUCCACUCCUCUAAAUCUCUCAGAUCUCUCUCUCUCUCACUGUGAUUCAUCGAGAUAGCAACAAUGGCGGUUUCAUCUUCAUCGUUUCUAUCAACACCUUCUCUCUCCAACUCCAAAUCCAAAUCCACCAUCUCAUUCUCUUCCUCCAUCUCAUCCUUCCGCCACGUCGUCUUCCGCUCCUCGACUACUACGCCCUCUCACCGAAGAGCAAUGACGGUGCGAUCCAAGAUUCGAGAGAUCUUCAUGCCGGCGCUAUCCUCCACCAUGACGGAAGGCAAAAUCGUCUCCUGGAUCAAAACCGAAGGCGAGAAACUCUCCAAGGGAGAGAGCGUCGUCGUCGUCGAGUCCGAUAAAGCCGAUAUGGACGUUGAGACGUUCUACGACGGUUACCUCGCCGCGAUCGUCGUCGGAGAAGGCGAAUCGGCUCCGGUAGGCGCCGCGAUCGGAUUGUUGGCGGAGACCGAGGCUGAGAUCGAAGAAGCUAAGAGCAAAGCCGCCUCGAAAUCUUCAUCAUCCUCCGCUCCAGCUGAUUCUGCGGAGGCCGUUGUUCCGUCUCCUCCUCCAGCUACUUCCUCCCCCGCUCCGGCGAUCGCUCAGCCGUCUCCGGUGACGGAGACGGUGUCGGAUGGUUUGAGGAAGACCGUGGCGACGCCGUAUGCUAAGAAGCUCGCGAAGCAGCAUAAAGUGGAUAUCGGAUCCGUUGCGGGAACUGGACCGUUCGGGAGGAUCACAGCUUCUGACGUGGAGGCGGCGGCGGGAAUAGCUCCCUCUGUGGCAUCACCACCGCCUCCUCCUCCUGCUGCUACUACACCAACAGCGAAGGCGAAAGCUUCAACCACUAACUCGCCUCCUCCAUUGCCUGGCGCCAGCAUCGUCCCAUUCACAGCAAUGCAAUCUGCAGUAUCCAAAAACAUGAUUGAGAGUCUCUCUGUGCCAACGUUCCGUGUUGGUUAUCCAGUGAACACUGAUGCUCUCGACGCACUCUAUGAGAAGGUGAAGCCAAAGGGUGUGACGAUGACUGCUUUAUUGGCUAAAGCUGUAGGGAUGGCGCUUGCGCAGCAUCCUGUGGUGAAUGCGAGCUGUAAAGAUGGGAAGAGUUUUAGUUACAACGGUAGUAUUAAUGUUGCGGUUGCUGUUGCUAUCGGUGGCGGGUUGAUUACUCCUGUUCUAGAAGAUGCGGAUAAGUUGGAUUUGUACUUGUUAUCUCAAAAAUGGAAAGAACUGGUGGGGAAAGCUAGAAGCAAGCAGCUGCAACCACAUGAAUACAACUCUGGAACUUUCACUUUAUCGAAUCUCGGUAUGUUUGGAGUCGAUAGAUUUGAUGCCAUUCUUCCUCCAGGACAGGGUGCUAUAAUGGCUGUUGGAGCUUCGAAACCAACUGUAGUUGCUGAUAAGGACGGAUUCUUCAGUGUGAAAAACAAAAUGAUGGUGAAUGUGACUGCAGAUCAUCGUAUUGUCUAUGGAGCUGAUUUGGCUGCUUUUCUUCAAACCUUUGCAAAGAUCGUUGAGAAUCCAGAUAGCUUGACCUUAUAA